UUCAACCGAGCUGGGUCGUCGCCGCGUGAUCCCAUGCUCAGUACGUCUAACGACAUUUCGGCCAAAUUUUGCAUCACCCACCUUCUUAAUCGGAACCGUUUCGAAAACUUCACACAUUCGAGUUGCGUUUAAUUUUGUUUGUUUGCUGAGGACAUCGUUCGGAACGAGAAAGCUAUUAUCACUUCUACCUACUUUGUGCGAUGUCCAAAAAAUAAAUCACUAGUGCGUGAUUGUGAUUAAAUAAGCAAAGCUGGAAUCUAGAACUCGUGCGCCUUUAGCGAUUAGUGCUGCGCAGUGUGAUCGACUGUGCGGAAGAUGGGUUCCGGCGCUGUUCGGUUAGCGGUCGUAUUGAGUUUGGUUGGAGUAGUGUUGGAGACGGCCCAGGCACAAAGCGUCCAAGGCGGUGGGCGACCCAGCUAUCGACUUCCGCGGGAAGUUAUUCCGGAGCAUUACGAUCUGGAGGUGCAUACCCAUCUGGGCGACGAUGGCGAAGGGUUCCGCUUCUUCGGUGUUGUUAACAUUACGGUAACAUCGAUCUACGAUUCAUCCAAUAUCACACUACACUCAAAAGAUCUCAUCAUAGACGAAAACCGAACAUCAAUCAUCAACCUGAACGCUUCGCAACCAUUACCGAUCGCAACGCUCGAUUACGAUUUGCAAAACGAUUUCCUAAUCAUCCGUAUCGACGGAAGCGAUCAGAUCCAAGCUAACGAACAAUACCUGCUAAGCAUCCCCUUCGAGGGGGAGCUUAAAAACGAUGUAAUCGGUUACUACAGAAGCAGUUACGUCGCGUCAGAGAGCGGACAACGAUCAUGGCUUUCGAUAACUCAAUUUCAAGCGAUUCACGCCCGUCGGGCAUUCCCCUGCUUCGACGAACCGGAGCUGAAAGCGACCUUCAAUAUCUCCCUGGGACACCACCAGAAAUACAACGCCCUGUCCAAUAUGCGCCUACUUAGCUCGGAAGCCGCUCCAAACCAGCCGAAUUGGGUUGUGGAUCGUUUCGAGCAAAGCGUGCUCAUGUGUCCCUACCUGGUGUCGUACUCGAUCAACGAUUACGGCUUUGUGGAAGCUGUCGCCAAUAACGCCACCGAUGUUACCGUUCGGUCCUGGACCCGCAAGGACGCUCUUGACAAUCUACGGUACGCCAACGAAAUCGCCGUCAAGUUGAUCGAGCGGUACGAGCAAAACUUUCAGCUCAAGUUCCCGCUCCCGAAGCUGGACUUCAUCACCAUCCCGGAUAUGCUGUUCGCCGCAAUGGAGAAUUGGGGCCUCGUCACGUACACGGAAGCCGGCUUGGAAUUUUCGCCGGACAGUGGGACUUUGGACGAUCAGCACUUUGUGGCUUCGGUUGUGGCUCAUGAGGUCGCACACAUGUGGUUCGGAAACCUGGUGACCAUGCGUUGGUGGACGGAUCUGUGGCUCAACGAAGGCUUCGCAAGGUACACGGAAUUCCAAGCGGUGGAGUAUCUUCACCCGGAGAUGCGAUCGUUGCAGGAAAUCGUGAUCGAAGAUGUUUUGGAAAUUUUCGAAUUUGACGCGCUGAACAGCAGUCACCAGGUGUCGAUUGCGAUUGGUAACCCGGAAACGAUUCCGCAGCUGUUCGAUUCAAUUUCUUAUAAGAAAGGGGCCGCGCUGGUGAGGAUGAUGAACAUGUUUUUGGGCGAUGAAACGUAUCAUCGCGGUGUGGGUAGGUAUUUGGAGAAAUUCAAAUUCGGAAAUGCUGAACAAGACGACCUGUGGCAGGCUUUGACAGACGAGGCCGAAGAAAGUGGUGAUUUCGCGAAAGGUUUCGAUGUUAAGACAGUGAUGGAUACGUGGACUCUCCAGACAGGCUAUCCGGUGGUGUACGUUGAACGAGAUUACGAUCAGCGGACGUUAACUUUUCGACAGAUGAGAUUCGUGCAUGACGAAACAAUUGAUGACACGGCUUGUUGGUGGAUUCCGUUGACCAUUUCUUCCUCACAGUAUCCGUAUUUCAACCAAACACUACCUCAAUGCUGGCUGGGCUGUACCAAGGAUACAACCCCGUUCUUGACAAAUCUACCCUGUCGCACUGAGUGGGUCAUGGUCAACAAUCAACUCGCAGGUCUGUACAAGGUUCAGUACGAUCAUCACAACUAUCGAUUGCUGGCGAAUUAUUUGAACGGGCAGGACUUCGAGACGAUCAACCCGAUCAACCGGGCACAACUCGUAGAUGACGCCAUGGAUUUCGCAUGGGCAGGAAUUCAAGACUAUUCGAUCGCCUUCUCCCUGUUGAACUAUCUACAAAAAGAGGACGAAUACGUCCCAUGGAAGGCGACGCUGACUAAUUUGGAGAUUCUCGAUCGGGUCCUUCUGCACUCGGAUCAUUACGACAUGUUCAAAGCAUACACAAGCCAUUUACUGCUGCCGUUGUAUACCCGAUUGAAAAUUUUCGAGGCCAGCACUGCGAGGGAUCGUCUGGGCCAGGUAAGGCUUAAGCAAUUGGUAACGGAUUGGGCCUGCAACAUAGACAUGGGGGAUUGCGUGGUAAACUCGCUGAAGUUGUUCAACCUCUGGGUGACUAGUGGGAAAAACCCGAUGCCGUUGGAUCUACGAUCUUCGGUUUACUGCACCGCCGUACGGGAGGGUUCCCGAGCGGACUGGGAGUUUUUGUGGGAUCGCUACCGCGAUGUGAGUGUGGUCGGUGCAGACCGUGCGGCCAUCGCGGAGGGUUUGGCUUGUACCAGAGAUCGAGGGCUGAUCGGAAGGCUGUUGGUGUGGUCGGUAGAGGAAGACUCCGAGCUAAGACUGGAGGAUACGACGGUGGUGUUCAAUGGAAUAGCCGAUCAUAAAGAAGGCGUCGAGAUGGCCAGAAGUUUCCUAUUUGAGAACAUUGACAAGAUGGCGGAUUAUGUGAAUCCGGAAACGUUCGAGUCCCGACUAGCCAGCCACAUAAAAGUGUUGGCUAAUCAGAUUACUUCUGGCGAAGAGUUGGCAAAACUGGUUGAGUUUGUGAAUCAGAAGCAGUCGAUAUUGGCUGGUAAUUCGAUUGCCAUCGGGCAGGCUCUCGAGUUGGCGCGGAUAAACAUUCAAUGGAUGGAGAAUCGGUCGGAGGGAUUCGUAAUGUAUUUACAACAGCUGCAACAGAAAGAUUUCGAUGCAUCGCAAAUGGAGUGGUUCUGAUACAGAGUUUUAAAUAGCUGUAGAGUGUUAUACGAAAUAAAAAGUACAAUCAUUUAAUACUGUCACG